UGUGCUUCAAGACCUUGUCAUGAGCCUACAACCCCGCCUUUCCUUGUCCAUUAAUUUCCCUCCUCUGCACAUAUUUUUCUUCAGCUUUGCCACCGCUUUUUUCAGCGUUCGACCCUUCUGUGAGACAUGGAACCUUCCAAAGAAACCGCAGAUGGUGCGGCGGCGCGAGCAAGCGCAGAGUCCAAUGUUGCAGACACUCCUGCGGCAACUGGGAAGAAGACGACAUUCGGGUCCAAGUUCAAACGCCAUUGUAAAAGGUUCUGGUGGCUUGACUUUUUGAUCUUUGCGGCCAUCGUCCUGGUCAUUAUCCUGCCCGUUAUAUACGUCGGGGUGAAGCACAAGGCACAGUCUGAAAUGAACAAGGCCACAAUUGAAAUUGGAUACCAGGGCAUUUCCAAUCCCAAAUCCAACUCUAUCCACUUGCGACUCAACACAACCGUCGAGAGCCACACCAGCUACCAUCCUGAUCUUGAAGCUUUCAACGCCUCUCUCUUCCUCGAGAAUACUGAGCCAGACAUUAAGCCGUUUGGAUAUAUCACGAUCCCGAAGACUCACGUAGAAUCCAACAACAAGAUAAAUAUUGACCAAGAGUUGCCCGUUACCGAUAUGGAUCAGUUCUUUGCCUACAACAAGAUGGUCAUCAACAGCGAAGAAUUUAGACUCGCUGUGAGAGGAAAGCCCAAGCUGAAGCUCGGGGGCUUGCCGAAAUACAAGGUCAACUACAACAAGGUAGUAACUAUGAAAGGGCUUAACAAGCUUGCCGGCUUUGCCAUAACCUCGGCGCAAGUCAAGCUCAAACCCGAGCCAGAUGGUGCGACUCUGCUUGGCAAAGUUUCCAUCCCGAACCCCUCGGUUUUGAGCAUCGAAAUGGGCAACGUAACCAUGGACCUCUCAGUCAACGGGACGUACAUUGGUUACACUCUGAUCCCAAACCUCACCCUCGAGCCAGAAAGAGACAACGAGUUCGACAUGCGUAGUUAUGUCAACACGACGCUCGUGCUUGGUUUAGUCGCCAAGGGAUACACCGACCUAAUGCUGCCCGUCGACAUCGUUGGGAACAGCAGCAUCAAUAGCGAGGGCGAGCAUCUCACGUACUACGAGGCCGCCAUCAAGGAAAACACUCUUCAUACUACACUAAAUCUCACGGAAGCAUCAGGGUCCUCGGGACUGGGCUCAUAGCGGUGUGUUUGGAAGCUUAGCAUUCAUAAUGAUGGGGGAACUUGUAGUAAUUUAGCGGCUAACCAUUGCGCGAUUAGAGGGAUCGGGAGGGCCCUCUUUCGGGUUAUUGUACCUUGUCGGACACUGCACAUACCUACGUAAUCUAGUAACCAGACAAAUUGUCACGCUGCAAUCGGACGAGGGAGUGCAGAGCAUUUCCGCAAAUAAAGC